GUGUUUUCAUUGUCAUUUGUUUUUGUGUAUUUUUUAAUUUCUUCUUUGAUUUCUUCAGUGAUCGCUUGGUCAUUUAGCAGCAUAGUGUUUAGCUUCCACGUGUUUGUGUUUUUUACAGUUUUUUUUUCCUGUGAUUGAUUUCUAAUCUCAUAGCAUUGUGGUCGGAAAAGAUGCCUGAUGAGUACAGGAGGGAUAUGAACUAUUACUGUACCCAUUUUACAGAUAAGGAAAUUGAGGCACAGAGAGUUUAAGGCUUGGGUAGAACCCCAUGGCAGACAUAAGUUGGCCUGGACCUUAGCACAGAAGUCUGGUUUUUCCCGGGAAGCAGAGCCAAUCAGAUUUAAGAGGAUGGACAAACCAAAAACUGUUAAAAGAAACUUUGUUUUUAACUUGAAUGCUGAUUUAGUAACUCAGAAUGAGGCGUGGGCUAGAAUUUUCAGGAAAGGUGCUCUCUGUUCUCUGUACCUGAAGUGCUCCUGGAAGCCAUGGCACAGAGCCAGGGACUGCUUGGGGGUGUUCUUGGUGGCUCCUACCAUCCUUUUCUGAGGGUCAGAUGUCCCCCAAAUCAUCCUGAGGAUGCCAGUGCAGAGGAGACUGGUCUGGACUUAUGAGGCUGUGCAGGAGUCAAACUGACAAGCUAAUUCUCUUUGUACUUUUUUUUUUCUAGGCUGUCUCAUUUGCUCACAUAUUUAUUUUUGAGUCUGUUUAUCCUAUGUGUGAUAAAAUUGGGACUUAGACAUUUUUGGUAGGUGCGUAGAUGGAACCUAAAAAAAUUCUGUAAUGGGGCCUUGCCUUUGUUACUGCGGCGGUUCAGAGAUAACCACACACUUAAAGGAACUCAAAACACUUCAGUGAAGAUUGACCACAUGCCAGAGACAGUGAUGGGAGUGCAAAUAUAAGUGUAAGUAGCAUGGUCAAUGCAGGAGCGAUGAGUGGCUCUGGAAACCUGAUGGAUUUCCUUGACGAGCCGUUCCCUGAUGUGGGGACGUAUGAGGACUUCCACACCAUCGACUGGCUGAGGGAGAAGUCACGGGACACCGACAGACACAGAAAGAUAACCAGCAAAAGCAAGUCGUCCAUAUGGGAGUUCAUCAAGAGCUUGCUGGACGCCUGGUCGGGAUGGGCGGUGAUGCUGCUCAUCGGCCUGCUGGCAGGCACCCUGGCCAGGGUCAUCGAUCUCGCCGUCGACUGGAUGACAGACCUGAAGGAGGGCAUCUGCCUGUCCGCCUUCUGGUACACCCAUGAGCAGUGCUGCUGGACUUCCAAUGAGACCACGUUUGAGGACAGGGACAGGUGUCCCCUGUGGCAGAAGUGGUCGGAGCUGCUGGUGAAACAGUCGGAGAUACACCAGAAAUACAUCUACACGCGGAACAACUCCUACAGAACACCUAGUGAACGCCGGCAGAAGACCUCAGACUUCCCAAAAGGCAAGAAACUCCCCAUGUACCUGGGUAGGGCAAAAGAAAAAAAGAAAAAAACAGAGACAAAAGAAUAGGGACGGGACCUGCACCAGUGGGAGGGAGCUGUGAAGGAGGAAAUG